CACAUACCCAGCACAGAAAAAAAUGGACCCCACUUAGUCCUACAUGGACAUUUUUCUGUGUGCUCUCACAAACACGUACCCACCGUACAUUUCCAAGUGUCACUCUCUGCUUACUCUUCUAUCUAUGCUGGCCUUCUCCUAUUGGUCCAAUUCUCACUCUUAAAAACACCCAAUCCCUCUCUUAAAACCCCCCACCAACCUCCCCCCUCAAAAUCCUUCCUCCUCCCUCCACAUUUCUCCCAACACUCUCUUUUGGCUCACAACCACCGUCGCCACCACCGUCGUUACCGAACAGCUGGUAGGCCGGCGUUAGCAAAGAGAACCGGCUACCGCCACCAUGAUCAAGACGUUGAAUCCCUACACCAACACGGAGAAAACCGCUGAGAUUAUGUCCAGGUACAGGCCCAUAGCGCCAAAACCUGUGACCCCAUCAAACCCAGCAGGCGAAAGCCCGUCCAUGUCUCAGAAAAUCAGGGACUCUCCUUACCUUAGGAACCUCUGGCCGCAGUUGCAGGCCAGACCCACCAGGACUCGAAAGCGGGGUCGAUCAGCUCUCUCUCCGACCACCUUUAAGAGGCAGAGGAGUCAUCAAAUGCUAGGCUUUGCCACUCCUUGUCAUGUGCAAUCUCCGGUGAAAAAUCCGAGAUUGGAUGGUUUUGCUCGUGUGCUUCCGAAGCUUCCCAUUCCGGCCAGCCUCGAUGCCGCCAACAACUCCACCGGUUUGAUGACUCUGCCUCUUCUGCCAUAUAUCCCUCCUGCGUCGGCCCCCAUUGUCACAAACCCAGCGGUGGUGCCGCCAGAGUUCGAAUUGAUCAAACCCUGCCGAGGAGGAGAGGAGGAGCUGAUUGAUUUGAACACCGUGGCAGCUGAAAUCCCAGAGGAAAAAGAUCUGCUCAAGCAACUACAGGGGAAUUCCCCUGCACCUCCACCAACACCCACCAAUGUCAUAGCGCCGCAGCCAAUUCGACCGGUGGGUUCCAGCAUAAGCGUUGGAUGCAUCAGCGCAGACCCGAGCUUAACUCUGGCAGCGCAAGUUCCUAAGAAACCAGAGGACGUCGAGGAGGAGAUGGAGUCUGAAGCCCUGCCAGCAAUCAUAUCAGACUCACACAACAAAGUGAGGAUGGCAAACUCUGCCUACAAGGAAAUGGUGGGCCAGCCAGAGUGUCCAUGGCUCGACGCCAUGGUGGCCGGAGGCGACGGGCGGUUUGGAGGCAAGAGGAUCAACGGGGAGGUCAGUCUGCAGCUUUCUGAUUCCGGAGUGCCCGUUUCCUCAAACGGGUUCUCCUGCUGGGUGAGGAUUGAGUGGGGGAAAGACAUGAACAAGCACGCGAUCAACACGUUCUGCGACGUGAUGAAGCUGUCCUGUGAGUCCAAGGACUACCUCUUUGAAUGGAGGUUCCACACCCACAGCAGAGAGGGCUGUCAGUCCUCCAGCUCCAGUGCUUGAAAAAUUUGUACUGUAAUUAAGAGAAGUAGUGUAGCUAGGCUCACUAGGGGAGGGAAACAAUGCAGCUUAAGUGUUUAGUAUAUAUAUGUUCUAUGUAAUGCAUAUAGUAAGAGGAAGCAUAUGUAAAGUUUGCCCAGCGUUUUAAGAGAGAAAAAAAAAUAUGUUCAUCUCAA